GCGUGUGCACGGUGCAUCUUGUCGCGACGCUCGGCCGGGUGUUCCCGAUAUACACACUUCGCGGCUCAUUGUGUCGCGUUGCGGUGCCGAUUUUGCCGAACCGCGCGUCGUCCGAUCUUGUGACGGAUGUGACAGGCCGGAAGCAUGGCCGACAGGAAUAUCGUAAAGCCGAGGCGAAAACGGCUCGACGACCUUUCUAGGUCAAGGUCGGAGAGGUCGGAGAGACCGAAAGAGCCGGCCAGGCCGCCGCGAAUGAGGGCGCAGGUCGCGCAUACAACAACGACGCACAAUUCCAAUCAUGGAAAUGCCGUGCAGCGCAACACGUUUGUGGAAGUACAGCACAAACCGACCGAGAAGGCCCCGAUGACGACCCUCGACGAGAACGUGAACCGCGUACCAGGACAGCGUAAGACAACCGAAAACAUGGAAUCUAUAAGAAGAAACGAACGAAUAGAAAGGAUCUCGCCGAUGAACGCGCAAGUGGAGGACGACGCAUCGGUGGAGGACCAUGGGCAACCUGUCCAAGUGGUACUUGCCCAUCCAGAUCAUACCUUCGAAUUAGAUGAAGAUGCAUUGGCCGAAAUUCUCCUACAUGACGACGUGAAAGAUAGAAGUGUGGUUGUCGUGUCUGUUGCAGGUGCCUUCAGAAAAGGCAAAAGUUUCCUUCUUGACUUCUUUCUUCGUUACAUGAACAGCAAGUACACGUUGCACAACGACACGGACACUUGGUUGGGCGCCGAGGAUGAGCCGUUGGGCGGUUUCUCGUGGAGGGGCGGUUCCGAAAGGGACACCACGGGUAUAUUGAUGUGGUCGAAGGUUUACCCCGCCACUCUGGCGAAUGGCGAGAAGAUUGCUGUAAUUCUUAUGGACACUCAAGGCGCUUUCGAUAGCCAGUCGACAGUCCGAGACUGCGCGACAGUGUUCGCAUUAAGUACGAUGUUGUCCUCCGUGCAGAUAUAUAAUUUGUCGCAAAACAUCCAAGAGGACGAUCUCCAGCAUCUGCAGCUAUUCACCGAGUACGGUAGACUGGCGUUGGAGAGCUCCGACAGCACGCCCUUUCAGAGAUUGCAGUUCUUAAUCAGAGAUUGGGUUUAUCCGUAUGAGGCGGAAUACGGCGCGGACGGCGGGAAGAUGUUGCUCAACAAGAGACUGCAGAUCUCCGACAUGCAACACGCGGAAUUGCAGAGCCUGCGUAAGCACAUCAAGUCCUGCUUCUCGGACAUAUCGUGUUUCCUCAUGCCACAUCCCGGUCUCGAGAUCGCAACGAAUCCGAACUUCGACGGUAGAUUGUCCGAGAUACAGAGCGAGUUCAAGAAGCAGCUGAAGGUGCUCAUACCGAUGAUACUGGCACCGGAAAAUCUGGUGACGAAGAAGAUCAACGGCCAAGUUGUAAAAGCGCGAGAUCUGUUGGAAUAUUUCAAGAGUUACAUGAAGAUCUACAAAGGAGAUGAACUUCCUGAACCGAAAAGCAUGCUUGUGGCCACAGCGGAAGCGAACAACCUGUCGGCUGUAGCCGAAGCUAAAGAUUUAUAUCUUCAGAUGAUGGAAAAUAUAUGCGGCGGGGCAAAGCCAUUUAUGGCGACCGCACACUUAGAAUCGGAACAUCAUCAUUGUGUAGACUCGGCUCUUCGUCAGUUCCAGAAUAAACGAAAGAUGGGUGGAGAAGAGUUCAGUCAAAUAUAUAUGGAAAAAUUGAUCAAGGAUAUGGACGACGCUUUCUUGCAAUUCAAGGCGCACAAUGAGAGCAAAAAUAUCUUCAAAGCAGCGCGAACUCCGGCAGUGUUUUUCGCGAUCGCCGUCACUAUGUAUAUUUUGUCGGGAAUAUUUGGUCUUGUCGGUCUGUACACAAUAGCGAAUGUAUGCAACCUUAUUAUGGGUAUCGGCCUCCUCACACUUGUCCUCUGGGCAUAUAUAAGGUAUAGCGGUGAAUUCAGAGAAAUCGGCACGCAGAUAGACGAUUUAGCGAGUACUAUAUGGGAAAAUUGUACUAGUGAAAAACAAUAUUUGCGAAAGUUAAUGAAGCCAGUCUACCAACAAUUUGUGGAGAAGUCAGUGUCUGUAGCAGUGGCACAGGCUGCUGAAAUGGCUACAAAUUCAACAUUGAACGCCACUGUCACUGCCAAUGGCAAACCUAAAUUCUCGUAAUAUUCAUUCCCAGAUUAUCCGAAUUGUUUAAGUGGAUCGAAGCAUUGUAUCCUUAUAUUAACACCAAUAAGUGGCAUAACCAGACUUUAUAAUACAUUGUCCUCUGACGUACCACCAGGAAUAGUUUCUUCUCUGUUCAAAUCAAACUAAAGAUUACAGCUUGAACAUACUAAUUUGAAAUGACUGUGAAUGUUAUAUGAUAUAUGAUGAAAAUUGUGAUUGCUAGUAUUAUCUAUAAUUCUUUUUGGUAUUGUUAUGAAAAUAAAAUCUUGUUCCAAUGGAAGAUAUUAUAUAACUUGAUCUAAAAAUUUUAUCACAUGGGGAUGUUAUUACCUACAGUUAUAACAAGUUACUAAUUAUCACAAGGAGAGGAAUAUGCAUUUGUCAAAAUGUUAAAAAAGAGAAAUUAUAAAGAUAAAUAUAAUGUCAAUAUAUAGUAUACCAUAGCUCUUUCUUUUUCAUUAAAUACGUGCAGCUUUUUCUUGUUGUAUCCAUUACAUCGAAAGUGCAUUUUGCAACCGAUUUUCCUUUUUGUUUGUUUUCAUAUAAGCAGGAUUUUGUUUUCUUGUCAAGAUUACAUGCUUGUUAUUUCAUUCUUUAUUUAUAUGCUUGGACUAACAAAGUUCAGAUUUUGUUUGUGCCAGAAACACUGUACAUCAGUUAUACUGAGUUAUUUUUUAAUAAAAGAAGGAAUGUAUAUACCGCGCACGAUGUUACUCACAUUCUACAUAUUUUGAAACAGCGAUAAAUAUACUUAGAAUUCAUUUAAUCACUAUAUAAAAGAGAUAUUCAUGCGCCAUAUUGCUGUAGUAUAUGACCUCAUUAAAUACAAAUAUCUCGAA